AUGUUGAGACGGUCAGCGAAUCGUAUCGUUUCCCAACUCCGGUUUGCUUCAAUCAAAGGAGAAAACUCGAUAAAUCUGCAGCCGAAGAUUGAAAACGUCGACCCUUACGCAGCAGUUUCUGAUGUUUCUGCCGAAGCAAUAACCCAGCCCAUCGCUGAAGCAGCCGCGGAAGUUCAAGAGCUUGGCUUCGUCGCGGAUUCUUUUCUCUCAAUAUAUGACGCGACUGCAAAUGCUCUUGGAAUCGAAGUUUUCGCCGCCAUUCCGAUUGUCGUCGCCACCGGUCGAUUCGCGCUUUUCCCGAUGUACCGAAGCAUGAGACAGAAAAUGCCGGUCUUUUCCAACAGCAUGCAGCGAAUGUCCCACAUUGCUCAUUCCCAACAACUGAGGAUUCUGAAAGGCGACUUCAAAUCGGCAGAAGAAGCGGCGAUGAGCGAGCAAAAGAUGCAACAGGAAAUUGGAGAAAUUCGAAAUAAUCUGAUGCGAAAUUACCCGAUUUUUAACAUUUUGCCGCUUGGGAUUUUUAUGUCUGGAAAUUUGUAUGCUACCUGGUCGCUUUGUAGAGCCAGCUCGACUCCACUUGCGUUUAUGGGGAUUGAAAAUUUGAUGGAAUUUAAUCAUGCAGCUGCUCUUUUGGGAACUGCAAUGCAAUUACUGGCGAUCAAAAUCGGCGCAGAACUCGGAAAUACUGCCCGCAAAAACUCUGGAGUUCAACCAAGUGGAGCAGCAAAAGCCCAGGCUGGAAUUACAAAUGUCUUCAUGGGCCUCGUUUCUGUCACUUAUCCGAUGGCGAUGCAUUACAAUUGUCCGGCGUUCAUUUCUCUUUGCUGGGCGGGAAAUACUUGCAUCACGCUGCUUUUUAGCUCGAUUUGUAUGAAGUUUAGAAACCAGCUAGGAAUCCCGGAUUUGGACGCUGAAAACGCGCGACUAGCGAUUGAAAUUCAAGAAAUCUCGACAGAAAUGAUGGAGCUGCAAAAAUCGUUGAAGGAAAAUGCUUCUUUUGACAAUGUUGUUGCUGAUAGAAUGAAGAAAAUAGAAGAAAUGGAGGAAAAAUUAAAGGAGAUGAAAGAAAAUUCUUCAAAUUUAGACGAAAUUCAAGAGAAAUCGAGGGAGAAAAUGGAAGAGUUGAAAAACAAGAAGAAAUAA